AUGGUGGACGUGGCGCGUCCUCCGGUCAGCAAUGGCCUCGUCUCCGCCUUCACGCUCGAAAUGGGCGACGAGGGCUCGGACCCGCUUCUCCACUCGCUCAACGACGUGACUGCGGCGCGGCUGCGACGCUAUCAUCAGCAAUGCAACAAGCGGCUGGACGCCACGUUGCAGCUCUUCCGCGAGCGUCAGGAGCGCGAACGCCGCUCUCGCUUCCGAAUCAGUCGCUCGCCAUUGAAUCUACCAGCUCACGAGCUGCCCAGAACACGUUCUCCCGGUCGUCUGACAGCCGUGGAGGCUCGGCAAUGGAAACUUCUUCGUGAGAGUAGCGAUAUCAGGGUCUAUCGCUUGAAAACGCGGCAGCAGCGGACGUGUACCGUGCAGGCUAUUGGCACUGUACACGGCUCCUUGGGAGACGUGAUGAAUGGACUGUACGCGGACUCCACGAGGACCGCUAGAGUCCUGCAGAUGCUGCUGAGUCCUCGCUCAUUGGACGCCAGAGUGCUGCAGGUGGAUAAGAGCAGUACCGAGACGAAGCCAUUCCAAUUCUCGGGAAUUGUGUGGAUGGCCUUGAAGCUACCAGGUCUUGGCUUCUGUCGACACCGAGACUUUGUAUGCUUCAAGAAGAUGGACGUGUUUAAAGACGAACUGGGAGAAGACAUGGGCUACAUGGUACUGCAUUCUAUUGACCCUUUAGCCGACGAGAUCGCAGUGUCUAGCUUCGAUACGAACGCGCCGACGGGGGCGACGUGGCCGCCAGUGGGUCAAGGGCAUCAGAACCGUAGCCGUAGUGCCAGUUCUGUUAACUUCGGGUCCGGGUCCUUUGUUCGCGGGUUUAUUUCCCUCGCAAUUGUGUUCAAGCGGGUAGGUGACGAUCGUGUAGCCAUGUUCGCCCACGGUCAGUUCAAUGCUAGUGGGCGCUUGUCACCGCUACUCGGAGACAACUGCAUCGCUGAAUGGCUCACGUCAAUGGCCAACACAGUACAGAGCGGCCAGGCCAAGAACUUGUCCCUGUUACUAGCUGGUCAGAAGCAGCAGCCCGUCGAGUAUUCGCACUCGAGACAACGCUGCGGCGUCUGUGCUCGCUCGCUCUUCUUCUGGGACGCUCCACGGAGCUGCAGAUGCUGCUGGAAGGUGUGCUGUCGGACUUGUCGUGUGACAAAGCCCAUCUUCUGCGCGCACUAUCACCCUAAUGGAGGGAAUCCCACCACAGGCUUAACUUCGGGACCUUGUACCGAGACCUUCUGUCUUGCCUGUGUGUGUGCUGUGAUCCCGUCGGGCGCGACGAUCAACGCUCGACUGAUUAAGCGACUAGCCAAGAAGCGCAAACGUGCGCCGACGUUCUUCCGUCCGACGAUCACGGCGUCUUCUAUCACUGAUGGGUCCAAUCAGCAGCAGCCUCCGCCUCGGGUUUCUGAGCAUACCGAGCGACUAUUGGCGGCUGCAGAAAUGUCGUCUAUUUCGGUACUGUCUUCCCGAGAAUCCGAAAAAUACCAACAACACCGUCUGAGUCUCAACGCUCGACCUAAAAAACGGGCCAAUGUGCAGCCCGAAAUUACCGGCCACGAAGCCGACGAAGAAGAAGACGUGGAGACGCCUAGCACCAUGCUGGAAGUGCUAGAGCACUACCAGGUGCGUCGUCGAGGCCCUGCCUCGAUCGUCUCUGGCGUCUCUUCUUCGAACGCAGGAACGUCCCUGCGCUCCUUUACGUCUGCGGACUUGGCGUCUACUUCGACUACGCCUUUCAACUCGCUCCAACUCGGACGAUAUCCUUCUAACCACAGUCUUAUAGCACACACGCACAGCUUCCGCAUUGGAACAACACGUGCGAGUCAAGUGCAGACCCAAAUGGAACGUCGUGGCUCCCACACCUUCCAGAACCAAAGCAGCUUCUGGCUACCACGUCAGUCUGCGCUGAUAAAGAAACCCAAAGACGCGUCCCCGCCGCUGGACGAGGAAUACUACCAGCGCUUGCUGCGGAACUACCUGCUCCACACUAACAGCAGUCACAGUCUAGCGAGCGCGUUCUCCAUGAGCAGCUACGGUGGCAAGUCGGCAGCGACGAUCACGGUACCGCAGCCGCCAGUCUCGCAGGAGUCGAAUGUGCUCUCGCAGCCUCCGAGUGACGCCAGAGCUGCGUCCAAUUGCUCAUCUCCUCGAGGAGCGGAUGGAGUCAUCUACCAUCGGUUCAAGUGAAGCGAUGUGAAUAUUGUACCAAAUUGUUCAAAUUACCCAAAUUGAAGCAUGUACUGUACAGCAUCAAUAACUACCCAUUUUUUUGCUUUUCACAAACAAAA